AUGGAGAAACACACCGACAACGAGUCAGACUGUCUUUUAAUGUCUCGCGAUAUCAUCACAAUUGAAGAUGAAAAAACACCGCGACGGAGAUUAAAAGACGAGAAAAUACGAGAGAUGAUAUCACUAGUAGAACAACUGAUUCUUCAACACAUUACUGCACAGAAAAAGGGUCGAAAUAGGGCUUACGAUUAUCUCAAAAAAGACCCCCGUUACAUCGAAAACACGCUUCCUCGCAAAGGCAAAUUGAAACGAGAUGUCGAGGAGAGCCUUGACAAUUUAUUAAGUCAAGACGACUUAGCAAAUUUAGAGCAAGAGUUCACUCUUUUUGAAAAGAAAAGUUCAUUAAUAGAUGCAGUGCAACAUCAAAAAGUAUCCCCAUCCAAAUGA